CACUGGUUUUGGGUGAUUAGGGAGACCCAGCCCAGCGAGGCCCUACCCCUGCCACGGCCCGCACACUAUACCCACGCAAUGAGGGAGGUGGAGGCUGCGCUCGCUGAAGGGAUGCGAGGUCUACUCAUCUAUCAAGAGGUGCAAAACCGGACGAGCAGAUUAAAGAACAGCCGAGUGGUGGUGCACAGUGUUGAGAUGACAGGAGACGGGUCUUGGCGCCUGAGACUAGCCCUCUCAGGGACCCAUAGCCAGCUGAACACGCUGACACCACUGUGGCCAACACCUCCAUUCAACCUGAUGGGACGAAGACUGAGAAUAAAUUGUCUCAAGAAACCGACGGUGUUUUUAUUCAAUGACGGCGAACAACUGGAAGACGCCCAAGGCUACGCGGCAGACAUUGUGCAAGAAAUCAAGCGUCAACUAAAUUUUACCGACAUUCUGGUUCCUAACACCGGGUUCGGAGCUUACAGGAAUGGCUCUUGGAAUGGUAUGGUGGGAGACCUUCUUUACGGGAGGGCUGACGUGUCGCCACUGGAUUUCACACCAAUCUGGCAACGCUCUGUGGUGAUCGACUUCGGACGUAUCUACAGCACGGACGACGUCGUCAUCAUCUCCCGCACCCCGCGGGCUUUCGUUAGACCCCUACUGCUGCUGCAAAUAUUCACUCCGUUUGUGUGGGCGUCGCUGGUGGCGGUGGCGAUAGCGGCGGGCCUGGCGCUGAGCAUACUGGUGAAGGCACGAGAGGUGACGCUGCACAAGGAAGGCAGCAAAGGAACCUUCUCUUAUUGCCGGGCCACGUUUGGAAUAUUUGUUUACCAAAGUAAAUCUCGCGCACCAUAA